AUGGCCGCCACGCCCGCUUCCAGAAACCACCAUGCCAAGCAACGCCAGCCUUAUCCUCUCCCCACGGACCCGUCAAAGCACGUCCGUCGGCGUCUCACCGCAUCCAUCCGCACCGCCGCCUCGCAGCCUCCGCCUGUUCUUCCUCUCCCCCGUCUGCGACCUCCACCGCCGGCGCCCUCCGGCGGUCUCACCGCAUCCGUGCGCACCGUCGCGGCGCUCUGCCCCGCCUUCGGCCAGCUGCGAAGACGCCCCGCUAGAGCGCCCCCCGCCUGCACCCUCCCCAGGACGCGCGACGCGGCCUGCAGGGCGCCGAUGCGCCACGCCGCACCAACGCCGCUCGGGCGCGCCAUAGCCCCGCAACAGCGCCCGCCCGCCUCCGGCCACCUCCCUCAUGGCGCUUCAUCCUCGCACACUCCUGCAGCAGCGACGGGAGCGCGUACGGCCGCGUCCGCCGCCCGCUGGCGCAGGGAGGCACCAAGCGCCCUCCGCGGUCGCCCAGUGAGAUGGGGGCAGCAGAAUAUUUAG